CGGCGCUUGGAGCGGCGGUUAGGGCGCCCGCGAAGCCCUUUGAACGAGGAGGGUGCACCUGUGGCCUUGGUGGCUCGCAGUCUCGCUCCUGCCCUGAGCAAUCUCUAGCUUGGGCGGGGGGAGGAGGAGAAAAACCUCCCUCAGGAGGGGGCCCAUGAGUGAUAAAGUCAUGCAAAUUAAGAAGCCAGUUCCAUUAAUGUCUUGUGGGAAACGUUAGGCAUUUAACAAGACAACCAUGCCUUUGGUCUACAGGUGCGACAGAUAGUUGCGGUUUUUUGUGGCAGUGUGUUGGAGGGGAAAGGGCAGGGGCUUUGGAGCCAGGCAAGUAUGGAUUCCAGUCCAAGUUCCAUAGUCUAGCAAGUUCCGUGGUCUAGCACUUAAGUUAACCUUAACGCUUGGUUCCCGUAUGUGUUCUUUCGUUCAACAUAUAUUUAAGUAGCGUCAAUUAUUGUCUUUAGACAAGAGCGAGAGAAAGUCUGAUAAGGACAGAAAAGUAGAGGGGAGAGAUACACCCUCACAAGAAUGAGCAAGAUAUUAACGACGAAACAGGCAUUAAAUGCCAGGAACACACAGGCUUGUUUCUGGGGCAGGUGACAUCAAACUCACCAAAGAUGGAAACGUGCUGCUCCGCGAAAUGCAAAUUCAACACCCAACAGCUUCCUUAAUAGCAAAAGUUGCAACAGCCCAGGAUGACAUCACAGGAGAUGGUACCACUUCCAAUGUUCUAAUUAUUGGAGAAUUACUAAAACAAGCUGAUCUGUACAUUUCUGAGGGUCUGCACCCUAGAAUAAUAGCUGAAGGCUUUGAAGCUGCCAAGAUAAAGGCCCUAGAAGUUUUGGAGAAAGUUAAAGUAGGGAAGGAGAUGAAAAGAGAAAUCCUUUUAGAUGUGGCUAGAACAUCUCUGCGGACUAAAGUUCGUGCUGACCUGGCUGAUGUGUUAACAAAGGCUCCAGAACCACAUGUUAGGCUACCUCAGGCUGUGGUGGAUUCCGUUUUGGCUAUUAGAAGACCAGGUUACCCCAUUGAUCUCUUCAUGAUAGAAAUCAUGGAGAUGAAGCAUAAAUCAGAAACAGAUACAAAGUUGAUCAGAGGCUUAGUUUUGGACCAUGGUGCCCGUCAUCCAGAUAUGAAGAAACGAGUAGAAGAUGCAUUUAUCCUUACUUGCAAUGUAUCACUAGAAUAUGAGAAAACAGAAGUGAACUCUGGUUUCUUUUAUAAGACUGCAGAAGAAAAAGAAAAAUUGGUAAAAGCCGAAAGAAAGUUUAUUGAAGACAGGGUACAAAAGAUCAUAGACCUGAAAGACAAAGUCUGUGAUAAGUCCAGUAAAGGAUUUGUUGUUAUUAAUCAAAAGGGAAUUGAUCCAUUUUCCUUAGAUACUCUUGCAAAACAUGGAAUAGUAGCUCUGCGCAGAGCAAAAAGAAGAAAUAUGGAAAGACUGUCUCUUGCUUGUGGCGGAAUAGCUGUGAAUUCCCUGGAAGACCUCAGUGUAGACUGCUUGGGCCAUGCUGGUCUUGUAUAUGAGCAUACAUUAGGUGAAGAAAAGUUUACUUUUAUUGAGGACUGUAUUAACCCUCGCUCGGUCACCCUGUUGGUCAAAGGCCCAAAUAAGCACACCCUCACACAAACCAAGGAUGCUCUAAGAGAUGGACUUCGUGCCAUCAAAAACGCCAUUGAAGAUGGUCUGGAACAGCCAACACUGGGCCAGUCCAAGUCAGAAGCCUUGAACUCAAUAUGGGUCUCCCACAUGGGUGGCAAGAACCCAGGCUGUGUGGUUCCAGGGGCAGGUGCAGUUGAAGUGGCGAUAGCUGAAGCCCUUAUUAAGUAUAAGAGAAAAAUAAAAGGAGGAGCUCGUCUUGGAGUCCAAGCUUUUGCUGAUGCCUUACUAAUUAUUCCCAAGGUUCUUGCUCAGAAUUCUGGUUAUGACCUGCAGGAAACACUGGUAAAAGUCCAGGCUGAGCACGUAGAAUCAAAACAACUUGUUGGCGUAGACUUGAAUACAGGUGAACCAAUGGUAGCAGAAGAUGCAAGGGUUUGGGAUAAUUAUUGUGUGAAAAAGCAACUUCUUCACUCUUGCACAGCGAUUGCCACCAACCUCCUCCUGGUAGAUGAGAUUAUGCGAGCUGGGAUGUCUUCUCUCAAAGGGUGAAUUCAAAAUCAACCCCUCCGGAAGCGGAAAUUUAAUAUACCCUACAUCCCACUGCUGUUGUAUAGCCUGGGCCAGUCCUAAUCUUUGACAUAAUAAGUGCAGUUAAUAUCUUUCUGUCCUACCAGUAUUAAAAAUAUUUCACCGCAUUAUAAAGAACACCAAAAUAUGUUCACAAUAAAGGAAUGAUAACAAAUAUUUUCUCUAACAGUGCUGUUCCCCCACCUUUAUUGUAUGGUAUUACAGUUUUCAUCAGAUAGAACCUGCUGUGAUUCUUAGACCUUUUGGGCAACUUUUAAUUAACAAACUAUGGAAUACAGGUUUUAGAGCAUACCAGUCAAUUUCCACUAGAUCAGAGGGUACAAAUACUCUACUCCCCCUCCAGAUUCUUUCAGUAACCUCUUGCAGCCACUCUUUUUCCUAUAAAUAUGGCCUGAUUGUAUCAGUAUAGCUUUGGAUUGCCCUGACUCCCAACCCUGACUUAAUUUAUUUUGUAUGUAGUUUAUUCCUUUUAGUUAGGUGCACAGCUUAUGCUACUGUGCCAGCUCUGGCCGCUCUCUGACCAGAUGGUGAAGUACGGAGCAGGUCUCAUCUGGAAAGGUGGGCGUUGUUGGCACCAACUCAGAAAUAAUUGUUUUUGGCUUUAAAUGUAACUGUUCUGUAUAGGUAUUUAUAGCAAUAUCUUUCUUGUUCAAAACUCUAGGAUUAAUCUAUUGUAUUUUUUUGCUAUUAUUAGGCCUCUUGUAGUUAACUUCUUUUUGUGGAUUCAAGUUGAUGAGAGAUUAGAACAUGACAGGUGCAUUAGCAGAACUUCGGCCUAGUUGUGCAUAUAGGAGAAAUUCCUUUAACCAUUUAAUGUGUUUGUUCAAAGUCUACUUUUCCUACCUAAUAUUUUGUCAAUAUCUUUCCAGAUCAAUAAUCAUCCCGCUGAACCGUCAGUUAUUCAUGGUUGCAUGCCAUUUCAUUGUAUGAUUAUAAAACAAUUUAUCUUACUAAUUGUUUUAAAUUUUUUGUCAUUAUAGGCAAAGAUCUCCUUUCUAAACUUCUGCCUUAUUUUAUAGUAGGGGCCUUUAGAAAUAGGUAUGCCAUGCAAAUUGCCAGACCUUUCCAUGUACAAUGUUUAAAUGAUGACACAUUUUAAAUAUACACAAAGACUAAAAAAUAAUAAACACCUUUAUACCCUUUAAUUCACUUUAACAAAUGGUAACAUUUUGCAAUUUUUGCUGUAGAUUUUCUUUAAAGAAAUAAGUCCAGGUAUUGUUAAAGAACCAUUCCUCUACCCCUAUUAGAUGCUUCCCCCACCCUUUCUCCCUAGAGGUAAUGUUUGAUCUCUGGGCACUUUUCUUCUACUUGUAAUAUAUUUGCAUAUGUCUGUUACAAUGUAAAAUAUCCUAUCUGGAUUUUUAAAAUGCACAAAUAGGGGCAGAUAUUGUGGCACAUCAGGUAAAGCUGAAGCCUGUGACGCUAGCAUCCUAGGUGCUGGUUCGCGUCCUGGCUACUCCACUUCCGAUCCAGCUCCCUGCUCCUAUGUCUGAGGAAAGCAGUGGAAGAUGGCCCAAGUGUCUGGGCCCCUGCCACCCACGUGGGAGACUGAGGUGGGAGUUCCAGGCUCCUGGCUCCAGCCUGGCCCAGCCCCGGCCGUUGCAGCUAUCCAGGCAGCGAACUGGCAGAUGGCAGAGCUCUACAUCUUUCUGUCUCUUCCUCUCUCUCCAUAACUCUGACCUUCACAUAAAGAAACUAAUCUUUAAAAAAAAAUAAAAUGUAGAAAUGAUACCUUAUACAGACAUCCUGCUGCUGUGUUUGUCUUCUACGUAACUUACAGGUUUUGAGAUUGAGCCAUGGAUUCACUUUAGAGUAUUCCAGUGCUUGUUUCUCUACUACAGUGUUAUUUCUCCAUUGAUGGGCUUUUUGACUGUUUGGAAUUUUGUAUCGUUUUAAAUACCACAUUGGUAAAUUUCUUUGUGAGUCUCUCCUCCGGCACAUUUAUGGGAGUGUUUCUAGGAUUACAACCAGCCAGUGGGUUUGCUGACGUUUAGAACUCGUCUUUAUACUAAGUAACUACACCAUUUUGUUUUUCUCCCCUGCAAAGUAUAUAAUUCCCUACAACCUUGUCAAAUCUUGGUAUUUUUGAGCAUAAUUUUAUAUAAAUUUAUAUCUUAAUAGCACAUGAUUCAGCUACUAGUGAAAUUGAACCUAUUUUCAUAAAUAUAUUGGCUGUUUCUGGUUCUAUAAAAUUGUUAAUAUUGUCCAUUUUUAUUUUGAAAUAUUUCUAAUUGGUGUAAGAAAUAGAUGUUGAUAUAUAGAUGAUAUGCCUCAUAUGUAUGAAGUAUUCUCAUUUAUAUUCUUGCCUACUUCAGGAAAUUAUUUUCUAGUUCAUAAUAAAAAUAUUUUCCUAUAUUUUAUUUUUUUGAAUUUAGGCCUCUUAUUUAUCUGGAAAUUUCAGUUGUGUACAGUUUAUUAUGAAUCUAAUUUCUGUAUUCCACCCCCAACCCCCUUGGUAUCCAAGUGUUCUCUCACUGAUUUUCUAAAAAAUGUAUUUAUUUAUUUGAAAGGCAGAGUCACAGAGAGAAGGGGAGAGAGAUCUUCCAUCUACUAGUUCACUCCCCAAACGGCUGCAACUGCCAGGGCUGGGCCAGGCCAAAGCCAGGAUCUUGGAACUCUAUCCCGGUGUCCCACAUGGGUGGCAGGGCCCCAAGCACCUGGGCCAUCUUCUUCUGCUUUCCAAGGAAUAUUAUCAGACAGCUGGAUUAGAAAGGGAGCAGCCAGGACUCGAAGUGGCUCUGAUAUGAGAUGCCAGCAAUAUGGGUGGAGGCUUAACCUACCGAGCCACAUGCCAGCCCCAAACCUAUGAUACCACUUCUGUAGCAUAACAAGGUCUUUUGCAUUUCACUGGAUUGAUCAGCUUUUCUUUAUUUGGGUUUGUUUCUGAUUUAAAUAUUUUGUUCUACUGUUCUGGAUUAUUGUUGCUCUGUCAGUACCACAUGUUUUAACCCAUAAAAUGUCAUGGAAGUCUUGGCCCAUGGGAGGGUGAGUCCUCCUGCCUCCAGCUCUUCUUCAUUGCCUUCCAGCGUCUGGGCUGUUCCCAGAUCCAGCCUUUCCCCCAUUCUGCAGGAAGUUUGCAACCUAGUUGUCAAGUUACACAGAUGUUCUGAUUGGAACUGCCAUGACUGUAGAUUAUUUCAGGAAUAACGGACAUCAUGUAAAUAUUUUGCAUCACUUUAUUUAUAUCUUACCAAAUGCUUCAGUUUUCAACAGAAAAUAUUUUGUUUUCAAUAAAGUUCUAAAUGUUUCCUAUAAAAUGCCCUGCAUUUUAGCUGGAUUUAUUUGAAUAGGGUCUUUUAUGAAAGUUUUGUUUUUGACUAUUUGCUGUGCUAUAGUCCUGCCACGGAGUUUUCUGUAUUGCCUUUAUAUCCCAGUCUUGCUGAACUUCCUUAUUAGUGAAAAAAUUUGGCUGUAGAUGAUUUUGAAAUAUUUGGAUUGAUAAUCAAUUUGCCUAAGAAUAAUAGUUUAGUUCAUUUUUUCCAAAUCCUUAUGCUAUUGUCUCUACUAUUUUCCUAUUUUAUUGAGCUGGCUGAGACCAUUAGUUGUUUAUUAUUAUUAUCAUUUAAAGAUUUAUUUAUAUAUUUGAAAGGCAGAGUUACUAAGACAGAGAGGGAGAGAGAGGUCUUCCAUCUGCUGGUUCACUCCCCAAAUGGCCACAACAGCUGGGGCUGGACCAGGCUGAAGCCAGGAGCCAGGAGCUUCUUCUGGGUCUCUCACAUAGGUGCAGGGACUCAAGUACUUGUGCCAUUCUCCGCUGCUUUCCCAGGCACAUUAGCAGGGAGCUGGACCACAAGAGGAUCAGCUGGGACUUGAACUGGUGCCACAGGCGGGGGCUUUACCCACUGCACCACAGUGCUGGCCCCUUGUUAGUAUAUUAUUAUACAGAUGCAAUCAUGGCUGUCACCUUUAUCCUGUUUCUGCCUUCAAAGGGAUGUUUCUAGUAUUUUCCCUUGUUUUCUUUUUUCCCUCCCUCCUUCCUUUGAAAUAUUGGCAGAUAGUUACACAAAUAGAAAGUUCUCCUUUCUAUUUAUGUUUAAAGAGGGAUUUUUAAAAUCAUUUUUGAGAUAAUUUUUUUUUUAGAUUUAUUUGCUUAUUUGUAAGUUAGAGCCACAGAGAGGUAGAGGCAGAGAGAGAAGUCUUCCAUCCUCUGAUUCACUCCCCAGAUGGCCACAAUGGCUGGAGCUGUACCAAUCUGAAGCCAGGAGCCUGGAGCUUCCUCCAGAUCUCCCACACAGGUGCAGGGGCCCAAGGACUUGGGCCAUCUUGCACUGCUUUCCCAGGCCAUUGCAGAGAGCUGGAUCGGAAGUAGAGUAGCUGGGACUGGAACUGGUGUCCAUAUGGGAUGCCUGCACUGCAGGUGGCGGCUUUAUCUGCUAUGCCACAGUGCCAGCUCCGAGAUGAUGCAUUUUUAAUUUUCAUUAUAGUCAAAGGAUUAAUGCUCAACUAAAGAGUUCAACAAAUAAAAAGUAAAAAGACCAUAGUUCAGCAGGAAAAUAGGCAAAGCCUAUCAACAAUAAUCAAAUGAAAAGAUGUUCAAGUUCACACAUAUAAAGUAAGUUUUAAAAUAGUCACAAAAUUGAAACUAUAGUAACUCUGACUUUCAAAUAAAUAAAUCUUUUUUUUUUUUUGACAGGCAGAGUGCACAUUGAGAGAGAGAAACAGAGAGAAAGGUCUUCCUUUUGCCGUUGGUUCACCCUCCAAUGGCCGCCGCGGCCGGCGCGCUGCAGCCGGUGCGCUGCAGCCGGUGCACCGUGCUGAUCCGAUGGCAGGAGCCAGAUGCUUUUCCUGGUCUCCCAUGGGGUGCAGGGUCCAAGCACCUGGGCCAUCCUCCACUGCACUCCCUGGCCAUAGCAGAGAGCUGGCCUGGAAGAGGGGCAACUGGGACAGAAUCCGGCGCCCCAACCGGGACUAGAACCCGGUGUGCCGGCGCCGCAAGGUGGAGGAUUAGCCUAGUGAACUGCAAUGCCGGCUUCAAAUAAAUAAAUCUUUAAAAAUUUUAGCUCUAACAUUUGAGGGAGAACAUUUUUUUAAAGAUUUUAUUUAUUUAUUUGAGAAGUAGAGUUACAGACAGAGGGAGAGUCAUAGAGAAAGGUCUUCCAUCCACUGGUUCACUCCCCAAAUGGCUGCAAAGGCUGGAGCUCUGCUGAUCCAAAGCCAGGAGCCAGGAGCUUCUUCCAGUUCUCCCACAAGGGUGCAGGGGCCCAAGUGCUUUCCCAGGCCACAGCAGAGAGCUGGAUUAGAAGAGGUGCAGUGGGACUAGAACCAGUGUCCACAUGGGAUGCCAGCACCGCAGGUGGAGGAUUAACCUACUGCACCACAGCACCGGCCCCGAUAUUUGUCUUUCUGUGUCCAGCUUAUUUCACUAUACAUGAUGUCCUCCAGUUGCUCCCAUUUUGGUGCACACAACAAGAUUUCGUUAUUUUUUAUGGUUUAAGAAUAUUCAUGUGUGUGUGUGUGUGUGUGUGUGUGUGUGUGUGUGUUUUCCAUUCAUCUGAUGAUGGACAAGGUUAGUUGAUUCCAUAGUUUGGCUAUAGUGAACAGUGUUGCUAUAAACAUGAUGGUACAGGUAUCUCUUUGAUAAAACAUGUUCAUGUCUUGGAUAUACAGCCAGUAAUGGGAUUACUGGAUCAUAUGGCAAGUUUCUUUUUUUAAUUUAAUUUAAUUUAAUUUUUUUUUGACAGGCAGAGUGGACAGUGAGAGAGAGAGACAGAGAGAGAGAGAGAGAGAUCUUUCACCCACUGGUUCACUUCCCAAAUGUUCACAACAGCUGGGUCUGGGCUAGGCUGAGCCAGGAGCUUUUUCCUGGUUUCCUACGUGGGUACAGGAACCAAACACUUGGGCCAUCCUCUGCUGCUUUCCCAGGAACCUUAGCAGGGAGCUAGAUUGGGAGUAGAGAUGCUACACCACAACACUGGCCCUGGUUUCUAGUUUCUAAGGGAAUCUCCAUACUAAAUUCCAUAGUGGCUGCAUUAAUUUGCAUUCCCACCAGCAGCAUAUAAGAGUUCCCCUUUCUUCACAUCCUUU